AUGGCAAGGAUCUACAUACACGAUGUAUCAAACAAUCCUUUAGCGAUUAUACCAUUAGGAGAAGCCAAGAUACGAAUGGGAUACGUAAGAGUAAUCCACCCGAUAAACUUGAUAGAUAUAAGUAACAUGAUUGAAGAAACCAUUGAAUUAAUACCCACAGAAGUACAUACAGAAUCUUUAGAAAAGUUAAUUCAGAUUAAAGCUAUGAAGUUACAAGAAACAUUCAAGAAGGUAAAACCAUUUAAGAGACAAAAAAGAUGGAAUACUAUAGGGAAAGUUUGGAAAUGGAUAGCAGGCAACCCUGAUGCCGAUGAUCUUCAAAUAAUCAACAGUACGCUGAACUCUCUCAUCGAAGAAAACAAUCACCAAGUAAUGAUUAACGAAGCUUUGAAUGGAAGACUACGAGAAGUAACCGAUAUUGCUAACAAAGUGCUAACAAACGAAGCGAAACGAUAUGAAACAUAUGCAACAGAAACAAGACAGCUAAUAAUACUAUCUAAUUUGGAUAUUUUGCAAGACCAGAUUGAAACUAUCGAAGAAGCCAUUAUAUCAGCCAAACACGAAAUACCGAACAGCAAAUUAUUGUCCACCGAAGACUUACAAACGAUUAACGAAUUCCUGAAGAAGAACGGUUUUGAUUAUAAUACAGCAGAAGAACUUCUUGCUCAAUCAGUAGCGCAAUUCAUGAUGAAUACGACACAUGUUCUGUAUAUGCUAAAAUUCCCAAGAAUAUCCUCACAAAUCUACGAGUAUGAUUUCAUCGAACCAAUAGUAAAAAAUGGGAAACGAAUAAUGUUAAAACAGAACUUCAUCAUAAGAAACGGAACACACGAACAACAACGAUCGUAA